GGAUCAAUAGCUGGGAUUUUAUCAGCUACUGGCUUGAGGUGGGGAUAAUAUUGUGCUAUCUCUCGGAAGGGGAUUUCCGAACGGUCGUCAGGCAUCAUGUCACACUCUAUGAGUGUGGGGAGAGGGAUCUGUACAUUGCCAUCCAUUGACUCAUUGAGUUUAGUUGCGCGUCGUCCUGAUGUUUCCAUAACCCUUGAACAUGUUUUAAGGAUGUAUGGUGCAGCACCUGCUCUAAUGUCAAGACGGUCGAGAAGCUCCGUCUUUGCCAAGGACCUAUUACUCUGUUCAUUGAGGACAGCGUAGGCUUUAACAGCUUUCUCUCAUUGACCUGCAGGGUAGACCUUGACCAAGCAUAUUUUUGAACAUGAUUGUGUGUCCGGACGGAGUUCCCGCAGUCUUCUGUGCAUUUCAACAUAACUUCUGGAGUCUCAUCUUCCUGUUGCUCCCCGCUUUGAUCUUCCUUAAUAGCAGCAAAACUGAGAUCCAUUUCUCAGGUUAUAGGGGAGCUUCUGUGCGAUGGGGUUGACUCCACGGGGUGUGUUGAGGUAAGAGAGUCCAGGUAAGAACCCAUCUUUCCUAGCUGCCUCCAGUUCUAGCAACAGGUCCCCUAGCUCCCUCAGCUUCUCAUUUUCUUUGUUUGAGAUCUUAAGAAACUCUUCUAACUUUGUUAACAGAGCAUGUUCAAUCAUUUCAGCUGAGCCAUAGCAUUCUUCCAAUCUCCACCAAAUCAUUUGGAGCCCUGAGCUAGCAUUAUUAAUGUUGCCUGCAGACUGUUGUCCAAGCCAUUUGAUUAAUAAAUCUAGCUCUUCUCUGGGGGUAAGGUUCAGGUCACUGAUGGAGUUGACAGUCCAGAGCUAACUAUUUCUUUGCGAAUUAGGUAUUUGGCUAGGUCAGCUGUAUCUGAUUGGACAUACGGAGUUGCUCUAGAGUGCAUGACGUGGUCUGUACCUUCUGGCAGUAUAACGUGAGUCUGGAAGGGGCAGCGUUCUUCUUGGAGGAACUUCAGAGGGCUCACACGGCUUCACUGAAGGUGGGUGUUCAUCUACGAGAAAGGCUACCAGUCCACGGACAAAGCAGUCAGCUCCGUCUUCACCAAGAUGAAAGGAGUGGGCUACACCAACAUAAGCGGAAAGGAGAGGGUCUGGGAUGUGGCUGACUACGUCUUCCCGCCGCAGGGAGACUCAUCUUUUGUGGUGAUGACAAACUACAUCAUAACUGAAGGUCAGGAGAUGGGAAAGUGUCCAGAGCUCACAGGCAAGCACAGCUGCAGCUCUGACUCUGACUGUGAAGGAGGGAGUUUCAAACGUACGGGACAUGGGCAAAUGACGGGAGUGUGCGUGAAAGCCAAUAAGACCUGCGAGGUGUUGGCCUGGUGCCCCGUUGAGAACGAUCACAACAUACCAGAACCUGCUAUGUUGAUGUCUGCAGAGAACUACACACUGUUCAUCAAAAAUUCUGUAACCUUCCCCAUAUUUGGCGUCUCAAGGAGCAACCUGGUGGAGGGCAUCGAGGCCGACUACAUCAGCAAAUGCCUCCACGAUCCAAAGGACGCUCCACUGUGUCCCAUAUUCAGACUGGGAGACAUCGUUAAACUGUCUGGCUUCAACUUCGAGACGAUAGCCCGCGUGGUGAGUCAACUGAACUUUACUCAACACCGACAGGGAGGGGCCAUCGGUAUCGUGGUGGACUGGACAUGUAACCUGGACGUGGACUUAAAACACUGCAAACCACAGUACAAGUUCCACGGUCUGUACGGAAACCCAGAGGAGACCGACAAGAACAGAGCUUCAGUGGGCUACAACUUCAGGUAUGCAAAGCACUAUUUGGACAACAAGGUUCAGAAGAGAACCCUUCUCAAAGUGUUUGGCAUCCGGCUCGACAUCAUCGUACAGUCACUGGCCAGAAAGUUUGACAUCAUCCCAACGCUGACCGCGAUAGGCUCCGGGGUCGGCAUCUUUGGAGUGGCAACCGUGCUCUGUGACCUGGUGCUGCUCUAUUUGCUCCCAAAAAGAGAAUUUUACAAGAACAUGAAGUUCAAACAAACAGGCACACAGAAACGGGACCCGGACCCGGACUCGGACGCAUGUAGCACAGAGACAGAGCUCAGGUUGUGUUUGUGCUGCAGAAGUGACCUGGGAGAAGACCUUUGAGGUGGUACUUUUGAAGCAGUACCGACAUGGCACACGUGCACUCUGGAUCGGAC